AUGGCCAUCUUUGAUUCCGAAAAGCGCCCUCGUGGCUUGCGCGUUCCGUCUCUCACGGCGAUGAAGAAUGGAGCCAACAAAUCGCAAUUCUCCUUCGGCAGCAAGAAAUCCAUCGAUGUGAAAACUCCCGAGCAUGAAGUCACCCCAGUGGUUGCAGUGGACGUACCUGCCCUGCCACCGCAACGAGCCCCGCCACCGAAUAAGGAGCUACCGCCCCGACCAAAAUCCCAAAUUCCUCCUCCCCCGCGCAUGUUGACCAAAGUGCCACCACGGCGCCAGGUUCCCAACAGUGAGCCUAAUGGGAAUCAACCAGCUACCCAGCCACCUGUCAAUCCACCCACAUCUGCCCAGCCCCAGCCACAGCAGGCGCAACCACAAGCACAAGCUCAAGCUCAAUUUCAAGCUCCAUCACCGCCUUUCCAAUCAUCACCGCAAGCGGCCUCACCCCAAUCACAAGUCUACGCCCCAUAUACCCCAUCCGCUACACUGCCAGCUGCCCCGCAACCGGUCAGACCAGCUGAGCGAUCGGUGGUCGUGGAAUCAAAGGCCCAACAAGACCCUGCUUCAUUCCCUGCCGUACCUCCAGUGACCCUCUCGCCUCCACCGAGCGACGAUAACGAAGCCUUGACCCCACUUGAAGACUUCAUUCCCACGCCCGACGAAUCUGGGACCCCCCUCGGAAAUCUAUCCACCGAAGAGCUAUCAAUGCCUCCUAUGCCAGAUGUCGAGCCCGUGGCGGCGCCAUUGAAUAAGGUUCAUUUUGCCUGCUUCCAGGAGCACCGGAAUAUGCCCGUGGCGCAAAACGUGUGGUGUCCACUUCCAUGUCAGACAUGCCACAAGUUUGACCGAGAGAUCCGUCAUCGAUGUGUAUUCUGCUCCCUGCGCGUCUGCGAGGGAUGUUACCAAACGUUGCAGAAAUGCAAAAACCGUUCUUUGAAUGAGCUGAUGCAAAAGAUCGGUUGA